AGCCAAUAAAAGGAACAGAAAAGAGAAUUUUGAAAUCUGUAUCUGGAGAAGAUUUAGAGUUAGAUUCCGUUAUAUUAAUGCAUUGUCUACGCAACGAUGAAGAUGAUCUGUUUAGUAUUUGUAUUAACAAUAUUCCUUUGGAAAUUAAUAUUCUUAAAGCAAUCUUUGACUCGCUUGCCACAAGUUUAAAAAUAAAGCAUUUGAUGCUUGCUGCUGCUGGAUUGACUGAUGAUAAAGUUGAACCCUUACUUCAAGCAUUAAAGACAAACACAUGUUUAGAAACACUUAACCUUGAAUCAAACGAUCUAACCAGUACUUUUAUAGAGAAACUUUGCAGAAUUCUUGAAAAUCAUCCAUCAAUACGCGAAUUAAAGUGCUCACAUCAAAAACAUGGACUUGGUAGCAAAGGUGAAGAAGCACUUGCUCGGCUUCUAAAUAAAAAUAAUAAAAUGUUAAAAGUAUCAUAUCACUUUACUGUACCUUCCUGCAGAAGUGCUGCAGAUAGAUUCCAAAUAAAAAAUCAAGAAUUACAGCGGCAAAAAAGAAGUCAAUCAGAGAAGUUUUAUAAUCUUUCAGAAGAAGUGAAGAAGCGAGAUGAGCAUCCUCAGCGCUGGAUGAUACCUGUACAAGCUGAAAAUAAUUCAGGCAUUAAAGCGCAGCUCAAAGAACAAAUGAAAAACAUGAAGCCAGUAGCGACAAACAAAUUAAAUUAAAGUAAAAAAUGAUGAUGAAUUAUGUGUGAUGAGAAGAAAUAUGAAUUGUAUGAAAAAAAAGUUGCGUAAGCUGAGGUUUUUACAAGGUUGCGCGACAUUCGCGUAAAGUUUUAUAUUUUUAUACGAUACAAUACGAUACGAUAUAGUAUAAGGUUCGUGACAGUAUACGAUACAAUACGAUACGAUGAAGUAUAAGAUUGAAGUAUUAAAGUUUAUUAUUAAGUAUUAAGAUUAAACUGAACUUUAACCUAUUUUUUUUUAAAUUGGCUUUAAAAAAUAUUAAAUUUAAAAACUAUUUAAAAAAAAAUAGAAUUGGUUUUUAAAACAUAAAACUAGAUUUAACAAAACAUAGAAAAAAUUUGUUUUUAGUUGUUGUUUUUUUUUUUAAUUAAGGUAUCAGAAAAGCAUAAGAUUUCCAAAAAUUAUGAAGCAAUUUUGAAUUUUUUUCAUAUUUUUUUAUAGUUAAUAAAAGUUAUCACAUAAGUAAAUUAUAGUUUUUUGUUUUUUUUUAAUAUGUAAAUUACUUAAUUCUAACUAUUUUAUUUUUUAAAAAUUUUUAUAUAUAUAUAUAUUUGUUUUUUUUUUCUAUUUUUUUAUUUGAAGACUUAUUGCAGUAUUUGUAUGUAUUCUGAGUAAUUUUAGUUUUAUUACUCCCACAUAAAUUCUUAAACGUAA